AUGUCUACACCAUUUCUCUCUACUGAUUUCACGUUUGGGGUAGAAUUUGAGUUUGGCAUUCGCUUCAAAAAAGGAUUAUUUCCUGACUACACGAGGCUUGGCCCGGGUAAGAUCCAUAGUCUUAUCAAAGAAACUUUGAUCCUUGAAACUGGGCUUGAGCUUAUGACAGAAGCAGAGAUUGACCAUGAUUCUCCCCCUGUUUUCUACCAGAACAAAGAUUUCCAAAAAAUAUAUCAGCAAGACUUAUUCAAUACAUGGGCCAUUGGCACAGAUACCACUAUAUCAUUCAGGGCAGAGGAACAUGCAGACAGAUCGUCGAUGUUCGUCGAGCUUGAAUUGAUAACACCAGUCAUGAAAUUUGGUCCAAAAGCCCUAAAGGAAAUUGACAAAAUGCUGACUGCUCUCAAAAAACAUUUCGAAGUUAUUGUCAACUUAUCAUGUGGUCUUCACGUUCAUGUUGGCAAUGGAAUUGAAGGGUUGUCUUUCCAACCGUUACAACACCUCAUGGCAACCAUCUGGACUUUCGAACCUCAGAUUCUCUCCCUUCUUCGAAAGUCAAGGAACAAUGGUAAGUAUUGUGGAUCCCUUCAUGAACGCUCCCUUCUUGGUGUGUACAAAUUCGAGGGGAGCUUACUCGAUGUCCUUCUCAGUACAUCUGACGCCAACGAAGUCGUGGGCAUGUUCGACGGAUAUGACUCUUUUUGCUACAUGGCUUUCCAACUUGAAUAUCUUCUCCAACCUUUUCGGCAUCCUGUUAAGAGAACUAUAGAGUUCCGAGCACACGAAGGAAGUAUGGAUUCAGAGAUCGUCUUAAACUGGGCGAGUUUUGUUGUUGAGUUGGUGAGCUGGGCUCACAAGAUCAACCGUCAAGAUUUAAAGAUCUUUCUUUCAAAACACAUUGACUCCAAAGUUUCAUCGAUAGAGGAUCUUUUCAAAGAGAUUGGUUUCCCACAAUCAACUGUUGAAUUCUACCGAGAAAAGGUCAAAAGAUUACGAAAGGUUGAGAAGAAGGAAGCUGAGGAAAAGAGAGCGAUCAAAAAGAAGAAGGCCGAGGAGAAGAAGGCUAGAGAUGCAGCCAGCGCUGCAGGGGAAAUGGUUGACAGCAAAGACGACAACGACAGCAGCAGCGACAACGACAGUAGUAUCGAUACAUUAGAAUCGGGAUCGUUGGUCUUCUGA